UCGCCUCCCAGCGCCUCACACAAGCGUUGUUGCUGCUGCAAUCGCUGCUUCUAGCUGGGAGACAACGGGAACGAUCCAGUUAUUGUUCGCUAAAGGAAGAGGCGGAGGCGUAGAAGGAAGUGGUCUCCGAGAGGGGAUAUUCCCAGCUUUUAUUCAUUACACGGUCACUGCCUGGGGUAAAGGCAAGGUGCUGCUCUGUUCCGCCCUCAGCGCCCAGCUGGGUUUACAAGGAGGCGAAAGGAAUACGGAAAAUCGUGUGCGGGGGCCCGGUUGCUAUACAAAAUAAUGAAAAGAAGUGUACUGCAACUCUUGAUAAGGCACUGAUUGGUGUAUAAGGAACAGCCAAGCUCAUGUUUUCCCCUGAUCAAGAGAAUCACCCUGCGAAAGCACCUGUGAAGUACGGGGAACUCAUUGUAUUGGGAUACAAUGGAUCUCUGCCAAAUGGAGACAGAGGAAGGAGGAAAAGCAGGUUUGCAUUACUUAAAAGACUAAAAGCCAAUGGGGUGAAGCCAAGUACUGUUCAUAUUGCCUGUACACCACAGGCAGCAAAGGCAAUAAGUAACAAGGACCAGCACAGCAUAUCCUACACUUUGUCACGGGCACAGACUGUGGUGGUGGAGUACACACAUGAUAGCAACACCGAUAUGUUCCAGAUUGGCCGGUCAACAGAGAGCCCUAUUGAUUUUGUGGUAACAGAUACUGUUCCAGGAAGCCAGAGCAACUCUGAUACACAGUCUGUUCAAAGCACCAUCUCCAGAUUUGCAUGCAGGAUCAUUUGUGAAAGGAACCCACCAUUUACUGCAAAGAUAUAUGCUGCGGGAUUCGACUCCUCCAAAAAUAUUUUUCUAGGGGAGAAAGCAGCCAAAUGGAAGACGUUAGAUGGACAGAUGGAUGGGUUAACAACAAAUGGCGUUCUUGUUAUGCAUCCACGCAACGGAUUCACUGAAGAUUCCAAGCCAGGGGUGUGGAGAGAGAUAUCUGUGUGUGGGAAUGUGUUUAGCUUGCGAGAAACACGGUCAGCCCAACAGAGAGGGAAAAUGGUUGAAAACGAAAGCAAUGAACUUCAAGAUGGUUCCCUCAUAGAUCUCUGUGGAGCAACUUUGCUGUGGCGCACUGCCGAGGGGCUGGCACGCACUCCAACUGUGAAACAUUUGGAAGCACUGAGACAGGAAAUCAAUGCAGCAAGGCCUCAGUGUCCUGUUGGAUUCAACACACUAGCGUUUCCUAGUAUGAAAAGAAAGGAUGUGGUGGAUGAAAAACAACCUUGGGUUUAUCUGAAUUGCGGUCAUGUGCAUGGCUACCACAACUGGGGAAAUAAAGAGGAGAGAGAUGGAAAGGACCGAGAGUGUCCCAUGUGUCGUUCUGUGGGUCCUUAUGUCCCACUGUGGCUUGGAUGUGAAGCUGGAUUUUAUGUGGAUGCUGGCCCUCCUACUCAUGCUUUUAGUCCAUGUGGACAUGUGUGCUCAGAAAAAACAACUUCCUAUUGGUCCCAAAUCCCUCUACCCCAUGGCACACACACCUUCCAUGCAGCAUGUCCAUUCUGUGCUCACCAAUUAGCAGGGGAGCAAGGAUAUAUCAGACUUAUUUUUCAAGGACCUCUAGAUUAGUGACCAAUUAGGGACUUUGCAUUACAGAUAAGCUAAGUAAAAAUUGGUCUGCUUCCCAGCCCACUUUUCCAAGCGACUUAGACUUUGUGGAGUUUGUAUCCUGACAAGUGAACUACAGCUUUCACAGGAAAAGCAGAAUGGGUUCAGGAAAGCCUUGGGUUGUAUGUUUUUUUUUUGGGGGGGGGGGGGGGGUGAAAAACCGUUAAAAUGGGAUUAUGCAGAUCUGAUUUCAAUGCCUUUAUAAUUUCUGAAUGACCCGCCUCAGUGUUAAAUUGAUUUUGCAAAACUGGGGUGUAUAUUAUCAGAUCAAACUACAUUAGUUUACAGUUUAACUCACAUUGUAAAAUAUAACAUAUAUAUAUUACAGUUUUAUAUUUGACCUUCUUAUGGGAGUAGCCCAGGGACACCGCAUAAAAAACAAUAUAUGUAUUUUUUUCCCCUAAUUUAUGGUAAGCAACAAAAAUAUAUGAAAUGGAGGCACCUGAAGAAUUUCAGUGCAUUUGGUUACUCUGAAUGUUUUACUGGUCAUUCUAAGGAUUUUUUUUCUCAAACCAUCAAUUUUAAAAGCAGCCUUUAGGUUGCAACAUUUCAGGGUUUUAUUUAUCUUGUGGACUUUGAGAUCUUUUAUUGUAUAGUUUUCCUGAAAAAUUCCCCCCCCCAUGUGCGUUUCAUUUAUAGGGGUUAAAACAUGACAUGUAACAGGCUGGGUUUAAAGUACUUGUAUGGCAUAAUCUUCCCAGAGCGGCAUUACUUUUUUUUUUUUCUUUUUCUUUUUAUCCAGUGUGAUAAAAUACAUAUUCCACGGGCAACUUUUUCUUUAGCAUGUAUCUAUAAGUGGUAGCAUAGCAUUAGCUUUAAUACCAACUUGCCCUUGGUUGACAGGUGAGUAAUGUUUAAUUGCGUGCAGUUUUGUUUUUUUUUUAAAUCUUAUGUACCAGCAUAAUUGUAUUCUGGUUUUGCCACACACUCAGGAAACCAUGUUCAAUUGGUAUUGCUCUUUCCCAUAGGGAGCAAAAUGUAAAGAUUUGUAUAAAUUGAGGAUGUUCCUCCCUCGGCCCCUGGGAUGCUGAGAGUUGUAGUACAACAGCUAGGAGGCCACAUGUUUACCACCACUGGUCAGUACGUUUGUGUUAAGUGGUUGAUCUAAUUAGCAGAAAGUUACUUUCGGAUAUGAAAGUGGGUUUUAAGUCUUUUUGUGCCCCCUCAAAAGCUGCUGCUGACAUGUAAAUAACCUGCAUUGUUUUCUGUUUUCCACCCCCCCUUUUGUUAAGUACAAUUAUUAUUUAGAGUCCACAUGUAUUAAUGUAGUUUAUUUGAUUUACAGCAUUAUUUAUUCAGACCCCUCAAGAAUUUCUGUUUGUGGAAUAUUCUCACAAAGGGAGAGGGUGGGGAGUUUGGGGACUUUGGUUCAUACCUUGUAUUUUGGGCUUGGGCUGGGCGCAAAAAAAGCCUGUUCAAGAGACUUGUCUACUAUGCAUAUACUUACUGCAUAAAAGAUUGUGAUUGUA